GGCGUGCGCCGCGGUCAGCUGACUGCUCCGGCUGGCACGUGACUCGCUCUGGGCGCAGGGGUCGAGGAAGCCGAGAGGCCGGAGCUUAGGUCCGGGAGGGAUGGCGCGCUGAGCGGUUAACGUCUACCAGGCUUCCUGCCUCCGCACCCGCCGCCGCCGCCGCCGCCGCCUCCUGAGACACCUUCCCGGCUUCUCCCUUGCUUGCCAAAGAGGUAACAAACAUGACUGAGUUCUGGCUCAUAUCUGCUCCUGGGGAGAAAACCUGUCAGCAAACAUGGGAGAAACUACAUGCAGCGACCACCAAGAACAAUAAUCUUGCAGUCUCUUCCAAGUUCAACAUUCCUGACUUAAAGGUUGGCACGUUGGAUGUCUUGGUUGGCUUGUCGGAUGAACUGGCUAAACUGGAUGCAUUUGUAGAAGGUGUGGUUAAGAAAGUGGCUCAGUACAUGGCUGAUGUGCUGGAGGACAGUAAAGAUAAAGUUCAGGAGAACUUGCUGGCCAGUGGAGUUGACUUGGUUACUUACAUAACAAGGUUCCAGUGGGAUAUGGCUAAAUAUCCAAUCAAGCAGUCUCUGAAAAAUAUUUCUGAAAUAAUUGCCAAGGGAGUGACUCAGAUCGAUAAUGACCUAAAGUCUCGGGCGUCUGCAUACAAUAACCUGAAAGGGAAUCUUCAGAAUUUAGAACGAAAGAACGCGGGAAGUUUGCUGACUCGUAGCCUGGCGGAAAUCGUGAAGAAGGAUGACUUUGUUCUUGAUUCGGAGUAUCUUGUCACAUUACUGGUGGUAGUUCCCAAGUUGAACCACAAUGACUGGAUUAAGCAGUAUGAAACGCUCGCAGAAAUGGUAGUACCAAGGUCAAGCAAUGUUCUUUCAGAAGACCAAGACAGUUAUCUUUGUAACGUCACCUUGUUUAGAAAAGCAGUUGAUGAUUUCAGACACAAAGCCAGAGAAAACAAGUUCAUAGUUCGUGACUUCCAGUAUAACGAGGAGGAGAUGAAAGCAGAUAAAGAAGAAAUGACCAGGCUGUCUACUGACAAGAAGAAGCAGUUUGGACCACUUGUGCGGUGGCUUAAGGUGAAUUUCAGUGAGGCAUUUAUUGCGUGGAUUCAUAUAAAAGCAUUACGGGUUUUUGUGGAGUCUGUUUUAAGGUAUGGCUUGCCGGUGAACUUCCAAGCAAUGCUCCUUCAGCCGAAUAAGAAGUCAGUGAAGAAGCUAAGAGAAGUGCUGCACGAGUUGUACAAGCAUCUCGACAGCAGUGCGGCUGCCAUCAUUGACGCUCCCAUGGACAUCCCUGGCCUAACCCUGAGUCAGCAGGAAUACUACCCCUAUGUGUAUUACAAGAUUGAGUGCAACUUGCUGGAAUUCAAGUAAAAUGAGCUCCCCCAGUCAAUCCUGGCCUUGUGUUGGUGUGUGCUCACACAAGUAACUCUCAUAACUCUCAUGCCCUCUGCUUGCUCCUUCCCCUUCCCCGAGGUGGAUUCCCCAUGUGGUCCAUAUCUCAACAUUUGCUUUUUAAAGAAAAAAAUAUAUAUAUUGUUUCUUUUUAUUGAUCAGGUCUGUAAAUGUGUACUGAAAAAAUCAGAGUUUAUUUAUAAAUAGAAUAGUUUAUUUAAAGAGGUAUUUUCCUCCUUGGUAUCAUGGUAUGCAUAAUUCUGUGUUACUGUUGUGCACAGCCUUGUUUACAGGGAGUGGUCUAAGCAUACCGUUUCCUUCACUGUAUUAGUAGACAUAACUGUUAAGUAGUUACUAAGUUGUGAUGUAGUGCUAUGUGACAACGUUCAGGUGUGUGCUUUUGGAAUGUUCUAACACUAUCUUGUUGGCACUGUUGACACCCACAGGACAGAAUAAAAGAACCUGUGCCCACUGUGCUGUGUGUGACUUGAGAGGCUCCAGGGAGCCGCAGCCUGGCUGGGCUGCUUCAGGGGCUCACUGCUGCUGGGCUCUCAGCACUCCUGUCUGACUCGCAUAGGAUUUAGUUGUGCCAAAUUCGGGUCAGACCACAAAUCAGAAGGUUAUUUUCCAACACAUGGUGAUAUUUAUAUUUGGACACUGGGCGUUUAGCUCUCUUAAAUAAGAAGUGGGACCAGUUUUGAAUAAAGUGUAGCAAAACU